AUGCAUAAUCGAUCUCAAUCUCUUCAAUAUCAAUAUAGACCAACAACUAGUGUUCGUGACAGACCAUUACAUCUGUGUAUCAUCUUAGUUUCGCUUCUAUUCAUUUUUCUUCUUGUGAUCGAAUCAGUAGCAUUUAUUGUGCUUGGUACAUGGCAUCUAAUUAUUCCACGUCUUCAAACUGUUCUUAGUUUUUCAACAGAUAUCUAUCGUCGUGAAUUAGGCUUUGGUAUUCUUCUCGUUAUUAUUGGAUCAUUUGGUAUUCUAAUAAGUAUUCAUGGGCUUAUUGCUUUCUUUACAUUACGAUUAAUAUUAUUAAGAAUAGUGAGUAGAAAAAAGUAA